GACACUGAGCCGGGCGGGGCCUGGCGAGGAGCACGCAGGUCACGGGAGAGCCCGCGACGCCUGCGGACAGGCGCUUGACACGCGCAGCUGUGGGAGGGAUGGGCCGCAGAUGUUUCCUUUCUUCGUCUCGGAUCUCGGGAUUUGGAGACACUGGUUCGAUGUCAACAUUCGUUUCACCUGCUCCUUCAUUUAUUCAAGGGAGGUCGACUGCGGGCCGACUGGGCGCUGCACCCCGGCGGCGGACAGGUCACAGACCUGGCAGCUUGGUCGGAGAGAGCGAGGCCAAGCGUGCCCACAGAGCAGGGCCUAGGACAAGCAGGUCGGAGCAGCGUGGAGGGAGGGGCGCUUCCUGUCCUGUGGCCGCUGGGAAAUGGAGUCUGUCCCGCUUUCCUGUCCCCAAGUCUGCCUGGGAUUGUGUUUACAACCCAAAGCGAGCCUGCCGUGCCGGCAGCACCCAAAGAACGGUCACCAUGGCAAUACGGAGCAAGCGCUAUUUUAGCCACAUGAGGCAUCACAGGGAGACGCGGUGGCAGAGCCGAGACAGGUCUCCCACUCUCCGCCCGAGCUCCUCGCCUGUCCACACCAGGCCACCUGCAUCAGGACCCACCGGGCUGAGGUGCCACCGCCUCAGUAAGCCCGCCCAUCAGAGCGUGAGGCUGCGGCCCCAGGGAGAAGAUCACCGGGACCCGGUCACCCAGGGUCAGGAGCCUCCUGUGGACAGGGCCCCGGCUGCCGUCCCCAAGGGACAGGGCCCUGCGCCCAGAGGCAGCCCUCAGCCCUCUCUGACCCCCGAUGACCCUCGCCGUGGAAGAGCAGGUGGGGUUGACACCUGCUUUCAGGAUGGGACUUCAUCUCUGCAGCUCCCACCCGGGUGGGUAGGUGGCCGAGGCUCUGGGGCCCUGGGAGAUGCAGCACCUUGCAGGGUCCAGCGCAGAUCCCAGGGCAGGCCCCUCCGUGCCCCAUCUGCCCCCCCCCCCCCCGCACGGUGCCUCGGGGGAGUCCCGAGAGCUGUGCCUUCAAGGUCACCCUGAGGGGAAGCCACCCAGCCUGGCCAGACGGUUCCCAGGACUGCUCGAAGGCCGGGCCUGGGGGGUGGGGCCCUUGGUACCUGGGAGAGGGGGGCUGCGGGCACCCCAGGCCAAGGACACGAAACCCACAGCUACCCCAUCCAGGUGCUCGGGCACCUGGGCCCACCCAGGGAGGGGCCACCUUAAGGGAGGCAGUCCAGGUGGACGCCACAUGCACAGCGGGUUCCGUGAUAGGAGACGAACUUGAGGUCCAGUCACCAAGUAUUUUAUACCAGGCAGAAAACCCUGCCCCUUCCCCUGCGGGGACAAGUCCAAGCUGUGUGUGCAACAGACCUCCUUGGAGAGACAGUGCAGGACAAAAGGCAGGUAGCAUCUUGCUCAUAAGAUGUGCAGAGACCCAGAGUCCCAUGGAGGGCAGUCUCCCAGCGGGAACUCGGGACAUCGCUUCCUGACUUGGCGGGACCCAGCAGGCCUCUCAGGAGGGGUGUCCUGCCCUCGGUGUCCUGGCUGGGGACCCUUCCAGGCCUCUGCCUCGUUGUCCUUCAGCUCCUUGGCCUCAGUGGAGCCCCAGCCUCUCUCGAGGGUCCCCUCACUCAGCCUCAGCGGACCAGGGCAGGCAGCCCAGAGGCUGGACCACCCGCCUGGUCUGAUCGCACUGUCUGGCCUCGCCACUCCACCUCUAAAUUGUGUUGAGUCCGGAAUGGGGACAGGGGUGUCCCUUCUCCCGUGUGUCACACGCCACUUGCCGUGCUGGUACACCAGCUCCCCGAAAAUCAAAGCCCCGGGUUUAGUGUUUGCCGAGUUCCACGGCGUGAAUUCACUGAACUUGGCGUCAGGGAGACGUGUACACAUCAGCUCCCGUGAGCCUGGGGGAGCCCCCUCCUCCUCCCCCAUCCUCUUCUUCCUGCAGCCCCCCGGGCUGGGAGAGGGGGGCUCUCGCAUUUCUCAGGACCCACCCUCCUCCGCAGGGCAGCACGCCCCUCCCCACCCCCGGAGGAAUAAAUCAGCAUCUCCUAGAAGUGCCCUUGCUGUGCUCAAUGGGACCUAAGAGACUGCAGGGAAUUUUCAAGACACGGCCCGGACUGCACGUGUACUGUCUUCGCUGCAAAUCCUACUUCGAGUAUCUAAACCCAAACACUAACCUUCUGUGUGUCUCCUGUACCAGGCUAAUCGCCUCGCAGCCCAGGCAGACGUGUGCCUUGGGCCAACCAAUAACUAUAAGUAGCACCUAGUGAGUGGGACAAGGUACAGACACCGCUGUCGGUGCCUUUUAAUUGUAGCAGUUAAUGUUCACGAAAACCAUAUACCAUCGUUUCCCCAUUUAACAGGUGACGGUCCCCAGGGCAGGUGGGUCACUUGCCCAAGGUUACAUGACAGGCGUUCAAGUCCGGAGCCCACACUCUCAGCCGCCGUGCGGACAGGGCUUCUCAACCGAGGGGCCGCACCUGGGGAGGCAAACCGCGCUCAUUUUCCCCCAAACGGUCACCCUGUUACCCUGGGAAUCCAGAACCUCCUGGUUGUAGCAGCUCUUGACGCCUGGGCCAGGUCCCCUCAGCUCCCCUCCAGCCUCAGAGCAGCGGGGGGACAGCCCCCGAGCCCACGGCCAGCGUUCCAUCUCCUCCACCGCCGUCCCGCCUGGGACCUCCUCUGACCUGCUUAGCCUGGGGUGGGGCAGCCUGAAAGGGUGGAGGCUUAAGGUCCCGGGGCGGGAGGCGGGGGAGGGGACCCGGCUGAUGCAUCCUCAGAGGACCGCGGUGAGGGGCCCCUCAGAGGGGCUCCGGGGAUGGAGACCCCGCCCUGCAGUGACAGCCCAGUAGCCACACUCCACUGGCUUUUCCUCCUGCAUCUCCCCACCUUGCUUGCUCCCGUGUCCCGGGGUCACUUCCCAAGGUCGCCCCAGGCACUGAAGUCCUCGCACAGACGCUGCCUUGGGCUCUUGGAAGAGUCAUGGGGUUACCACUCAGUGGUGUCAUGACAACAGCCUGGCUUCGCUGGUGGAACCUGGGAGGUGAGAAGAGGCCUGCACACCUCCCACUGCUGCGUCUGGAGCCGACCGUGGCCUCAGGGCAGGCGGGGAGAGCCGGAAAGUUCUCCAGGCCACCCUGUCUCCUACAGCAAGAUGGCAGGGGGUGCUGACCAUCAGGCCCCAGGUCCAAUCCUAGGUGAGGCGACAGAGCCCCCCGAGGACUGCCCGUGCGCCUUGCCAGGCCUCUCGGGUUGAGAUCAGGACCCUGAUGAGGAGGAAUAGCACCUGAGGUCCGGGGUCCUUCUGAGCGAGUUCACCUGAGGGUCUCGCACCCCCGAGUCGCAUCCCGCUUGUUUGUGGGAAAGAGGCUUCCCUUGUCAGGGGUCCCUAAAAAUACAUCUGAGAUGGAUGCCUUUGCCAAAGGGUGCUUGUUGUGUGCGUUUCCUGUGGAUGCUGUAACAAAGGACCACAAACCGGAGGGGGUGCUUAAGACAGCAGAAAUCUAUUCCCAGAGUCUGGAGGCCAGGAGCCCACGAUGAGGGUGUGGGCAGGGCUGGUUCCUUCUCCAGGCAGCGGGGAGGAUCCCUGCCAGCCUCUGCCCUAGAUUCCGGUGCUUUCCUGGCCAUCCUUGGGCUCCUUGGCUUGUAGACACCUCUCUGCCUCUGUCUCCACAAGGUGUCUCCCUGUCUCACUGUGUCCUCUUUGUAAAUAAGGACACUAGGGGUUGGAUCUAGGGCCCACCCUGAUGCCAUAGGACUUCAUCUAAACCCGCACCUUAACUGCAUCUUCAAGGACCCUAUAUCCAAUAUCACACUCACAGGUACCAGAGAGGAGGCCUUAACACACCUCCUGGGGGACACGAUCCACCCCACCACUCACGCGCUUCAGACUCUUACCCACCCCCCACCGCCUUCCCUCACCUCAUCCAGGCCGACAGCCGGGACCGAGUCGCGACAGCCUGAGCGGGCAUAUGGACGGAGGACCUGCGGCUCCCAGCUCACACGCGCUCGGCCGUGUGGGAGCAGCUCUGGAGGGUGUUGGGUUGGGGGGCGGGGGUGGACGUAAGGCUGGACAGGGGACAGUUUAUUGAUGUGGGAGCUCACCUGUGACUAGGGGUGGACCGUCUGAGCGAGGUGGCACCAGCCCUCAUAC